UCCCCCGAAACGAGAUUUUCCCUAGCCGCCGCCGUCCCCCGAAACCCUAAUUCCCAAAUCGAAGGAUCGAGCCAGGCCGGGAGCCGCCGGAUCCAUCCUCCAAUCGCCCGCCAUGGCGAUCGCCCGCACCGGCGUGUACGUUGACGACUACCUCGAGUGUGAGAUCGCUAUCUUUCCGUGCCUGAGGCCGUCGAAUUUCCUGUCAUUUCCUUCGAUUUUGCUUGCCAUUUAUUGGCUUCGUUUCGUGCCCGCAGAUUCGAGCACCCUGGCAGGAGACCUGCAGAGGAUCCUCUCCACCAUGCGCGAGCUCGACGAGAGGGCUCAUGGCAUUAUGGGACAAACCAAAGAGCAGAUAAAGUAUCUAUUAGGAGUGCCAUCCCAUGGUUUUGACAGAUCAAACAUGGAUGAUGAUGAAUCUGCCUCGGAGAGAAUGAAAAAGGACAUUGAAGCUAGUCAGGAUAAUGCGUUGAGUCUCUGCACUGAGAAAGUGUUGCUCGCACGCCAAGCAUAUGACCUGAUAGAGAGUCAUAUCAAACGUCUUGAUGAAGACUUAGGCCAGUUUGCAGAAGACUUGAAGCAAGAAGGAAAGAUACCACCAGAUGAACCAUCAAUCCUUCCUCCAAUUUCAGCAUUUAGCAGGGAUGACAAACGGAGGCCUGGUUUCAGUACACCUCAAGCAACAAAGAAGUUCAGAGAGAGGGAAUGGGACAGAGAAAGGAGUAUGGACUUCGACUUAAUGCCCCCUCCAGGUAGCAACAAGAAAACAAGUACACCUAUGGAUGUGGAUCAAACAAUUGAUCCAAAUGAACCAACAUACUGUAUUUGCCACCAGGUUUCAUAUGGUGAUAUGAUUGCUUGUGACAAUGAGAAUUGCGAAGGAGGUGAAUGGUUCCAUUACUCUUGUGUUGGUCUGACACCAGAAACGAGAUUCAAGGGCAAAUGGUUUUGCCCAACAUGCAGGAAUCUUUAAUGAUAGGCUCUCCAAAGUUGGUUCCUGAAGAGGAGAAUUUGUGUCAUAUAACCCAAUCCUUAAAUCAAGGCCAAAGCUUUGUUUAUAUAUAUAUAUAUAACAAGGGGGAAGUUUGGAAAAAGAAGACUUAGAAAAGGCAAAGCGAUAUACAAUAUGCAAUAGAAAUGAACUUGUCUAGAGAAACUUGCUAGUCAUAGAUCACAUAAUUGUUAGCUAGGUCACAUGGUAUAUUGAAUAUUGUAGUCAUACAUAAAACUUCAUACUUUGAAUACUAUAAUUGCCAAAAAAAAAGCUGUUUGACAAGAAUUCUGCAGGAAAAAUAUAUCAAUCCAACUAUGAGAUCACAAUUGGAAGCCAAUAAAAUUGUAAUCAAGCAUCACAUGAUCAUAUUUGAUGUGCCAGCUCAUGUUAUAUUGAUUGGAUAGAUUCAGAUUUUGUAUUACAGAAGCCCCUUUUCUAUCAUAA